AUGGAGUGGCUCGAUGAGUACGAGAAGCUGGUGAUCCGGAUGAACACGCCUCGGGUGGUCAUCGACAAUGCCGUCUGCCCCACGGCCACGCUGGUGCAGGUGGACAGCGUCAGGAAGAGAGGGUUGCUGCUGGAGGCCGUGCAGGUGCUCGCCGACCUCGACCUCUCCAUCAACAAGGCCUACAUCUCCUCCGACGGACGCUGGUUCAUGGACGUCUUCCACGUCACCGACCGCCUCGGCCGCAAGCUCACCGACGACAGCGUCAUCACCUACAUCCAGCAGUCUCUGGGGACGUGGAACGAGCCGUCGCGGCCGGCGGCGCUCGAGGGGCUGACGGCGCUGGAGCUCACGGGAGCCGACCGCACGGGGCUCAUCUCCGAGGUGUUCGCCGUGCUGGCCGACAUGCAGUGCAGCGUGGUGGACGCCCGCGCGUGGACGCAUCGCGGCCGCCUCGCGUGCGUCGUCUUCCUCCGCGGGGAGGAGCUGGCCGCGGGCACGGACGACGACCGCGUGGUGCGCAUCCUCGCCCGCCUCGGCCACCUCCUCCGCGGCGACGGGGAAGCCCCGGGCGCCGUGGCCGCCGUCCCUGCCGCGGGCGUCGCGCACGCCGACCGCCGCCUCCACCAGCUGAUGGCCGCGGACCUCGACCGCGCGACCUCGUUCCCGGAAUUGUCCCCGGCCGUGUCCGUGCAGAGCUGGGCAGAGCGUGGGUAUUCCGUGGUCACCGUGCUGUGCCGCGACCGGCCCAAGCUGCUGUUCGACGUGGUGUGCACGCUCCACGACAUGGACUACGUCGUGUUCCACGGCACCGUCGACACGGCGGGCGACCGCGCUCGACAGGAGUUCUACAUCCGCCGCGCCGACGGGAGCCCCAUCCGGUCCGAGGCCGAGAGAGAGAGGCUCAACCAAUGCCUCCAAGCCGCCAUAGAACGGAGAUCACAGGAGGGCGUGAGACUGGAGCUGUGCACGCCGGACCGGCCGGGGCUGCUGUCCGAGGUGACGCGGACCUUCCGCGAGAACGGGCUGCUCGUCGCGCAGGCGGAGGUGUCGACGAAGGGCGACCUGGCCUCGAACGUGUUCUACGUGACCGACGCGGCUGGCAAGGCGGCGGACCAGAGCGCCAUUGACGCCGUCAGGGAGAGGGUCGGCGCGGAUUGCCUCGUCGUGAGCGAGGAGCCCCGGCCGCCGCAGGUGUUCCAGAAGGACGGGCCGAGCGACAGCGACCACGGCAGCGUCGGCGUCAGCGUUGGGCUGGUCUACCUCGGCAACCUCGUGAAGCGGAACCUGUACAACCUCGGGCUCAUCAAGUCCUGCUCGUGA